UGCAUUACAUUACAGAAUGGGAAGUGGAGACAGGCAGUUUCAUCGGAGAAGCUUUCGUAAUCUUGCAUAUGAGAGCCAAAGGCUGCAAGAAAAACCAAACAAAAAUGUUUCAACGUUAUUUGCGGAUGACAGUAUUGACUACGGAGAUCUAACUGGUUAUGCGCUUAAAGGAGCUUACAGUUUAAGCAAUUAUCGCCCAAACGCAGGUAUACUAUCAAGUGAAGCCGCAACAGAUACAUUUGGUUCUCAAAUCAAACAAAUUAGCAAAACUGGUUACGAAAAUUCUUAUGAAGAUAACAAUGCUCACGAGGUGCGACUAGAAGGUCCCAAUGCUAUCACAGAUACAUCAAAACAAAAACUCGAUAUAAGUCUUAAGGACAUUACAGAAAUAGCGCUUACAGCCUUGGCAUUCUUUUCUUUCGGAAUGUUUACUUUACAAGUUUUAAUGUGCAUAGCUAUGAGCAACGAAGAAGGUUCCAAUUUAAUGAUGCUACCAGUUGAAGCAACAGAUACAAGCGACAUUAAUGAUGGAACUGAAGAAAUCCGUCGUAAAAAACGCUCAACACAUAAUCAAAUCACAUCUGGCCGGGUUCGCGAAGUUUCAAUAUUGUUGCUAAGAUCGAUUGAUCAUUACGAGCAUCAGAAAUACAAGAAUUCUACAAUUAAUUUAAACAGUUAUUGCAAAUUGUUUUCUAGUGACAAUCCAUCACAUCAGCGUUGGAUAUGGAUUUUACUGUACAGAUUAGGUGAUGGUUGGCUUACAGCUCAAAUGGCAAGUGAUUACAGUUCUUUGUUAAGAAACCUAUCAGUUCUGCUUAGAAAUUGUUAAUAAAUAUAU